GCACAAGUCUUUAUUUUUUGCUGUGGCUUAUUUGAUCCUGAUCUUUGGAAUCCAGCAUUUCAUGAAGGAACGGAAAGGCUACAACCUGCGCAUACCAUUGACCCUGUGGUCCCUCAGUCUGGCCUUGUUCAGUGCCAUUGGGGCCCAUCGGGCGUGGAAGCAAAUGGCCUUCAUCCUCUCUACCGAGGGAUUUAAGCAAUCUGUGUGUAGUCAAUCCUUCUACGUCCACCCCGUCUCCAAGCUUUGGGCCUAUUUAUUUGUGCUGAGCAAACUCCUGGAACUGGGUGACACCAUGUUCAUUGUUCUCCGGAAAAAGAAGCUCAUCUUCCUCCACUGGUACCACCACAUUACCACGCUGAUCGUCACCUGGUAUGGCUAUAAGGAUAUGGUGGCUGGUGGCAGCUGGCUUGCAGUCUUGAACUUCAGUGUCCAUGCUGUCAUGUACUCCUACUAUGCCGUGCGAGCUGUAGGCUUCCAGGUAUCCCGCUUCUUUGCCAUGUCAAUCACCUUUUUACAGAUGCUGCAGAUGCUGGCAUUUAUAAUAUCAAAUGUCUUGAUCAUCUUCUGGAUGGAGGAUAAGGUCUGCCACACCACCUGGACAGCUCUUUUCCUUUCAUCUGUGUUGUAUCUCAGUUUCCUGGUGCUCUUCUGCAACUUCUUCUUCAAGACUUAUCUGAGGAGCACCCAGAAAUCAAAGAGGGAAUAA